ACACCGGAAAGAGGUAUGAGCGAGACUGUCGGCUUCGUCGUGGGUGGCCUGCGAGCGAACGUAACGUGUGUGUGGUCCGAGCGUUCGUAUGCUGGAUGCGGCUGUCGCGGGCGUAGAAGAUGCAAGACGCUUUGUUCGAACGGAGCGGAGAGCUUUCUCCGUGGCAGAAUAUAAUCGGCGUCUGGUCUUGAACAAAGAGUCCAAAGAUGACACUUCUGGUGAUCUGUUGCUUCUUCAUGUUUCACCGAGUGUCGUCGGAAUUGACGCACGGUUUCUCUGGGAAUUCCAACAAUGAAAACAAAACAUGGAACAGCCUGGAAUUAAGUCCCAGACACAGGAUUAAGGAUUCCAGCUACUUAUUGGAGAGAUAUCCAAUAAGAGAGUUACCAUCUGAUCCUUUGAAUUGUCGAAGACCAGCUAAAUGUGUGGAAUUGGAGAAGAGCACAUGUAUGGGCACAAGAUUAUCAUAUGCCACGACCACAUUGGAUUUGAUACCCGAACACAUGACCCAAGACAUGAUAGAGGAAAGAUUGCAUAUAUUACAAGCAUUAAGACAUAUACCAAAGUGCUGGGCAGUUGUUCAACCAUUAUUAUGCUCAAUAUUCAUGCCAAAAUGUAUCAAUGAUACAGUAGACUUGCCAUCUCAAGAAAUGUGCAAGAUCAUUUCAGGACCCUGCAGAAUUGUAUUCAACCAAACGAUAUGGCCCAGCUUUAUCAAAUGUGAAAACACGGAAUUGUUUCCAAGAUUAUGCAAAAACGAUAUUAGAGAGCUGAAAUUUAAUAUUUCAGGCAAGUGUUUGAAGCCUCUGGUUCCAACAGAUAAUGCACUUGCAAUUUUUGAAGGAGUUGAAAGUUGUGGGACGCAAUGCAAUGACCCUUUGUUUACACCGGAUGAGCACAAACAGAUUCAUUCCUUUAUUGCUUGGGCUGCAGGGAUCUGUGGUUCAUUCAACCUGUUUACAGUUAUAACAUUUUUAAUCGAUUGGAGAAGUGCAAAUAAAUAUCCAGCUUUAGUUAUAUUCUAUAUAAAUUGUUGUUUUAUGAUAUCUUGUAUCGGAUGGCUUGCUCAAUUUAUGUCUGGAAGCAGAGAAGUGAUUGUAUGCCGUAAAGAUGGCACAUUAAGAAUGAGCGAACCUAGCGGAGAAAACUUACUGUGCGUCGUCGUAUUUGUCCUAGUUUAUUAUUCUCUUAUGGCAGCUAUGGUAUGGUUUGUGAUUCUGACGUAUGCUUGGCACAUGAGUUUUCAAGCGCUGGGUAAAAUUCAAGAUAGAAUCGACAAAAAGGGCGCAUAUUUCCAUUUGAUUGCUUGGUGCUUACCACUUGUUUUAACUGUCACCAUCAUGGCGUUAGGAGAAAUUGAUGGAAACAGCGUAACCGGUAUUUGUUUCGUCGGCUACGCUAAUCACGCAAUCAGAGCCUGGUUUUUGCUUGGUCCCGUGUUGAUUGUUUUAAUGGUCGGCGGAUAUUUUUUAUCCAGAGGAUUGAUUACUCUGAUUCGAUUAAAGAUAACUAGCCAAGAAAUUAUAUCCGAAAGGGCUAGCGCUAAAAUACGCGAGACGAUUGUGCGUAUGGGUCUCUUUUCGAUUUUCACGUUCGCUGCGGUCGUAGUGACAUUCUACUGUCAUAUUUACGAAUUUCAACAUUCAUGGCAGUGGCGUCAAAGCUUUAGAAACUAUAUGAUAUGUGCAAUAACGACGAAAUACUUGGACAUCUCUGAAUGUAAAAUGGAGGUCCGACCGAGUGCUGCUAAAAUGCAGCUACAUUUACUUCUGCCUUUCUUCUCCGGGAUUCUCAUGUCUUCAUGGGUUUGGACAAGCUCAACGGUGGACACAUGGGCUAGAUUUCUUAGACGAACUUUUAAUUGCGAGACGGAAGAACCAAUCAGACUCAAGAAACACAAGGUAAUUGCUCAAGCGUUCGCGAAAAGGAAGACGUUCAACAACGCCGGUCGCCUGUCCAUAAGUUUCCAUAAUACUCACGACGAUCCGGUUGGCUUAAACUUCGAUUUAAAUUCGGUAGCUUCUCAAGACUUCAGCUCGACGUGGGCUGCAGCUUUGCCGAAAUUAGUUACGCGCAGAUGCGCGCUGGUCGGUGGGACCGGUUCAGUGUCCAGCAACCGAAGAAACUCUGUGGACUCCGAGAUCAGUUUCAGCGUGCGCCGUGUGUCUGUGGAAUCCAGGAGGAAUUCCUUGGAUUCGCAGAUAUCAGUGCAAAUAGCCGAGCUGAAGACAACGCGAAAAGUAGCGAGCAGUUCGCGUGGACGGCGCGGCAAGCGUCGCCGAGACUUCAGGAAGUCGAGGUCGGGCAAAGUAGGCCCACUGUUCAGGAGAGGCAGCACCACGUCGCAAGAGAGUCAGCUGGGCGCGCAAAUAUUGUCAGCAUUGACCAUAGGCGGUGAUUCAAGGAUACCAGCGAUUCAGGUGCCGAAUAUGAAAAGACGAUCGGCGAUCACUGGCCUGGAUGAACGUGCCUUGAAUCCCAAAUUGUUCGAUGGGAAAAAUGUCAAUACACUCUUGCCGUUCUUGUUCCCCGGGCAAAGCAACAGCGAAGAAGUCAGUAGCGAGAAACAGCAUCAAGGGAACACGGGGAAGGACACAGACAUCGAAGGUGGCAACAUUGAGAAAGACGACCAGGAGGACCAAGACAGCGACAGCGACGACAGUCAGCCGGAAGAGGAGACGAAGAUGCUAGAACCUGAAGAGCCACACGAGCGUAGCAAAAGUAAAACUAGUAAUAAAAGUUCCAAAAGUUACGAGAGCGUUAGGAGGAGUAGAGAGGGCCGAAGGAGUAAAUAUUUCCUCCAGGAUGAAACAAUUUUGAAACACUUGUUCCAGGAGUCUAAUGAUAUUAAGUUGAAAAACGAUAGCGAUAUCAUUGAAGCGUAUAAGAAGGCAGGAAUGGGUAAUUUAGCGUCCAGCUUGAACUCGUGUUGUCCAGAAGUGACGCGACUCAAACAACCGGAUGUACAGACUCGGGACAACGCUCGAGAAAUGGCGACGCAAACGUCACUGCCACUGGACAUUUUGGAAAUGGAAGAAUUGAAACAGAGCAUAGACGAGAUUAUAAACAGUCGGCAUUGCAGCUCGAAAGGGACGCAAAUCUCGCCGCAAUUAAGCAAGAGCAAAAACAUUGCUGUUUAACCGACUUCUUAAUUGUAGAUAUAGGAAGUGACUGCGACUAAGUGAUUUUACGAACUGUUCCUGUAUUCAUUA